AUACAAAUACGAACAUAUGCGAUAUCUAUAUAGACGCAGCUGUGUCCUCACCUAAUUUAAUUGAGACGUGCAAUUUUAGUGGAGGCCCAGUUACACACCAUGUGCACAAAGCCGUGUCAACUCAAGGAUUAGUGCAAAGAUAUUCCUUCAAUGGCGGCUCACAUCGAUCUCAACGUAGUUUUACUGCAGACGUUCAUCCGGAUUACGCGACUAAUUGCACAAGUAUGACGGAGCAGUCUAUCUCCAAGCCUGUGGGAGUGAAGAGCGCUCUCAUUCGAGAUCUUGAAAAGCAGUCGGGUUUCGAAGACAAAUCUCCCACAUACAAUUCCAGUGAUUCUUCUUCGUCUGGAUCUCCUAAAGUCGCGCCAUCGAAGAGAGGAGUGGCAAUCCAAGUGGUUCUCGAUAACACUGGACAUGAUGCAAAGUCUCGAAGGGUUCUAAGCACAUCGGUGGGAAUAUUCACAUCACUUCACGGACUCUCCCAAUCAAUACAGACGCCGUACAACAAACUGGGAAUUGAUAAUGAAUUAGGCUUCAAUUUGAUACCGGCUACGUCUAAAAGCACGUAUACUUCAUGCCACAUGGCCGGGGCGGCUGUACAAACAGGAUUCAAGACUACAAAAAAAAGUAUAG